AUGUUUCCAGAACUCGAGCGAAAGAAGGAGCGGCGAAGGUGCGAUUAUGCAUACCACCUGGAAUACCGAACUCGUUGGUCCGAUAACGACAUGUAUGCCCACUUGAAUAACAGUGUUUAUGCCUUCCUCUUCGAUUCAAUCAUCAAUACAUAUUUAGUUCAGCAUUGCGGCUUGAACCCUUUCUCCUCGCCCUCUCUACCUACAGAAAUUUCUCAUGAACAGAGCAAUACAGAAUUCCAGCCUUCUUCCCAGAUAGGUCUUGUGGUAUCUUCUUAUUGCGACUUCUUUGCGUCAGUAUCUUUUCCAGAUGUGCUGGAUCUAUCCUUGCGAGUAACAAAGCUGGGAAAGUCAAGCGUCACGUAUGAGGUCGGCGUCUUCCGUAAAGGUGAAGAAGCGGUUAAAGUUGUCGGUGGCUUUACACAUGUUUUCGUUAACAAACUUACUAUGCGACCCAUAAGUACCGGAACACAUCCGGCGAUCCGAAAAGGCUUGGAGAAGUUAGUAAUGAAGGAUGAGCGAGGGGCAAAGCUGUGA